UUGAGUAAAGGGGGAAUUUGCUUUAGAUAGAUAGAUUUGAUUAACUGGUAAUAAACAACAAAAACAUUACAAUGAAACGUCACAAAACUUAGAAGUGUGCAGAGAGAGAGAGAGGAGAGAGAGAGAGAGAGGGAGAGAGGAGAGAGGAGAGAGAAAGACGUAAAUAGAAAAAUGGAGAUGGGGGUGGGGAUGGGGGUGGCGUGUAUCUCAAGUCCGGCAUAAGCGCCUCAAGCAAAGCAGACAGACAACUCUGCCAUUUCACACGUCACACACAGACAAAGAGAAACCCAAAAAAUCAAAAACAUCAAAAAAAAAAAAAAAAUUACACUCACCCACACCGCCACUGUGUGUGAAUCUGCUUCCCCCCCUCUGGAACCAAAUCUUAAUUCGCCGCAUUUUUUUUAUUUUUUGGUCUCUUCACCAAAGCAGAGUUUUUUUGGAGCAAAUAAUGAAUGAGAAUCAUCAAGUGGGGUUGCAUUACAUAGACAGCGGCGGCUACUCUUGCCCUGCUUCAGAGGGUUUCGUAGAUUUCUUCGGCGGCGGCGGCGGCGGUUUUCCGGCAGCCCCUUUGCAUUACUUUAACACCGGGCAGAUUCCGAUGCACGAUCAGGAAUCUGCGUAUUGGUCGAUGCAGCAUAUGAAUUCGUAUAGAUACGGAUUAUCCGGUUCGGAGAGUACUUCUUCGUAUUACGGAAUGUACGAGGACAACGAACAUUCUAGAAGGAUGGAUUUGAACAGAAGAGAUUGGGAGUACCCUUCGAUGACAAUGUCGGAAGAUCCGAUAGCUGUCGAUUUACCGUCCGAACAAAGUAUGACCACCACCGUACAUUCUAUUCCGGAGGAACGGUCUCCACAUCAUGAAGAUGCUGAUAGUACUCAGGUCUUGUGGGAAGAUGAUAUUGAUCCCGACAACAUGACAUACGAGGAACUUCUCGAUUUAGGCGAGGCAGUGGGAACCGAAAGCCGAGGACUUCCACAAGAGCUCAUUAAUUUACUUCCAACUUCAAAACACAAGUUCGGUGGAAUUUUCUCGAGACGAAAAUCUGGAGACAGAUGCGUUAUUUGUCAAAUGCGAUAUAAAAGAGGGGACCGACAAAUCAAUUUGCCAUGCAAGCAUGCGUACCAUGCGGAUUGCGUCUCCAAAUGGUUGAGCAUCAAUAAGGCAUGUCCAGUUUGCAACACAGAGGUAUUUGGCGAAGAAUCAACAAAUUAACUGAAAGUACGUCGUAUGGCGAAAAGGGGUUGUCUCUUAUACAUUCUUUUAUGCUCUUUAAUUUCUUUUCUUCAUACGAAGAAGGAAUAUGCCGGCUCUACUAGUUGCCUUUCUUCCUUGUAGUGUACAAGAUCUACUUAUAUAUAUAUGAAAAGUAAUCCAAAUUUUUCGGUUUAA